AACUCAGGAUAAUGUGUGGUUUUUAUGGGGAUUAGUGUACGUAUGUUUGAAUGUAGUGGUGUUCAUGUGCAUUCGCUACCCUUCUCCUAAAUGACGGAGAUCGAGACUUUGGAAGUUUAAUUUGACGAGUUAGUGCAAUGCAUCUUGCCGGUUACUAGUUGAAAUCUUAGCAUCCCCGUUACCUUGAGUGCCUGUGAAAGGAAGGGGCAGUUGCUCGGGUUGUAAUAAAUGAAGCAGCCGAUCGGAGGCGCAGCUUCACUGUGCAAUAGGAAAAUUGAAAAGUGUUGUAAUCUCACUUCAAUCGUUGAUGGCAAAAUUCACACGAAAAGAGUAGAAAGCAAGUUCCACACUAUUGUUCUCUCUCUCUCUCUAUACAUAUAUAUAGUUUCUUAGCCCUCCCCCUUAAGUUUGCACAUUGAAGCUGUUUUAAAAAUAAAAGGACGUACUAGAGCUGACAGGAACCCAGAAAGUUGUACUUGAAAUUGCUACCUGCUCGCAGAGAAUCUGGAGGAACCAGCGCCUCAGCUUCACCCUUGAGGAGGGCAGUAGAAAGUCCCGGACUGGUAUCCAGGAGCCGGGCCGAUCCAAACCCCGAACUGGAUCGGGCUCGCCAGCAGCAGGAGGGAUAGGAGCCUGUUGCUGUCGGCGGCUCGGUGACGCUGCUCCGGCCGCCGCUCGAUCACAAUCCCCGGGGGUGUGACGAGGCGACAGCUCCGUCUGAAGCUGCUGCUUUCUGUGAGAGGGACCCGAGUGAGUCCUGCCAGCUGCCCGCCCGAUGGGGUCUGAAGAGGGGAGCCUGGGUGAGAAGUUACUGGAAGAGGAGGAGACUGAACCCCAGCCCGGGGGCUCCGUGCGGGUUCUGCAGAAGGGCAAUGGACGAGCACUGCCAUUCUGUCGGAAGAUCUGCUUUGCUGUUGGAGGUGCACCGUAUCAAAUGACAGGAAAUGCUAUUGGUUUCUUCCUCCAGAUAUUCCUACUGGAUGUUGUUCAGAUGGAGGCUUUCUAUGCGUCUCUCAUUUUGUUCAUUGGUCGGGUUUGGGAUGCUUUCACUGAUCCCAUUGUUGGAUUCCUCGUCAGUAAAAGCAGAAGGACAAGAUUUGGAAAGUUGCUUCCUUGGUGA